GCGUCAGCGACCGUGUUUGGGACUCUAAAAGCUGCAAAACUACAGUCCUAGGGCAUCCAAAUCUAUACCUGAGCAGCUUGUCGUGAGAAUGGGAAAUCACGCGCUUAUCUACGGCGCGUCGGGGAUCUCUGGCUGGGCGAUCGUCAACUCUAUUCUCAAUGGAUAUCCGUCUAAAGAUGCGUUCACAAAGGUGUCUGCGUUGGUCAACCGGCCAUUGACGCGCGAGAUGGCGCUGUGGCCCGAUGACCCAAGGCUGCAAAUCGUGUCUGGGAUCGACUUAUUGAAGGGCAGCCAGGAGGAGCUGGAAAAGACACUCAAAGAGAAGGUACCAGAUGUAGACAGCGUAACGCAAGUCUACUUCUACUCGUACAAGCAAAUCGACGACAAUGACGCAGAAUGCAAAACCAACGAGGCCAUGCUGGAGCGCGCUGUGACCGCCAUCGAGAAGCUGUCCACAAAACUAUCAUAUGUCGUUCUCCCCUCCGGCACAAAGAUAUACGGCUGCCAAAUGCUCGACAAAUUCCCCUUCGCAAACGACCUCCCACUGCGCGAAACUUUACCCCCGAUCCCAGAACCCGCCCUUUCGGAACUAUUCUACUACAACCAGAUCGACUGCUUGAAGCGAAUCUCCAAAGGCAAGAACUGGAAUUGGUGUGAGGUUCGGCCAGACAACAUCAUCGGCUUCGUGCCCAACAACAAUGCAUACUGCCUCGCCCAAACACUAGCGCUGUACCUUUCUCUCUACCGAUCCGUAGAAGGCGAAGGCGCCAAAGUACCUUUCCCAGGAACCGAGAAGUCAUGGGUGAACAAGUACAACGAGUCGCCGCAAGACAUGGUCGCGCACUUCUCGAUAUACGCAUCACUGCACCCUGAAAAGACCGCAUCGCAGAGCUUCAAUGUAGGCGGGCAGGAAGACAACUGGAAGGGGAAGUGGCCAGUGAUAUGCGACUACUUUGGCUUGAAAGGCACCGGACCGGAAGAGAACGCGCCACAGCCUGGUGCUUAUAUUGCGGCGCACAGGAAGGAGUGGGAUGAGCUGGAGCAGAAGGAGAAUCUGAAGAAGGGCUCCGUGGACAGCGAUAUCACGCAUCCGGGUUUCCAGUACUACAUCAUGACGAUGUUCGACUUCGACCGCCAGAUGAGCAUGGAGGCUUCGCACAAGGUCGGAUACACGGAGGAGAUCAAGACGCCCGAGACCUGGAAGAUCGCGUUCGACCGCAUGAGGCAGGCUAAGGUCAUUCCGUAGGCGGGUGCAUGCGAUUGUAGUUGUAUUGCUCGCUUAUCUGGGGCCUGUGCCGGGAGCUGCCACAUUAGCCUAGCGCAUAUAUUAUACUUCCUCAUGACCAUUCUGCAAUUUAGUCCCUGCGCAUCUACAUCUACGUGUCGCGUGGUGGACCUUUAUGGAAGCUCGUCGUGGUAGUGCAUAAUAGUGUUAUAGGAUGAGACGAUGUAUGACCUGAUUCGUGAUAUUCCUAGCAUCAGGCGUCGUUUUUAUACACCUAGCCGAUGGCGGAGCAAAUGCAGAGUGAUAUCGCGCCUCAAGGCCAUUGAAUUCGUUGUCAAUGCUGACCAAACAUCGUAAGAGUCCCGAUACCGCGAUUAGGCAAGUCUGUUAUACGGCCAAAUGCAGACUAUCGUGCUGAUGGGUCCGACACGGUGAAUUGUGUGCCGGAACACUAUGCACAGCACUAUAAGAUCAAGACCGG